CCAAAUGAGUGACGUUUCAAUUUUAAGAGGAUUACAUUCGGUAAAUCCUGCAUUCUCGCAACAGCAGGAGUGGCGUUGUGUGGAGUGGUGCUGAAACUGACAGACACAGUCACAAUGGGCAUGACAACACAGAGACCUCCUCCGGGCUUUAUCUACUACGAGUAGUUUCGGUUUCUCUACAAAUACAUUACUAACACCAUGCGAGGAGGAGGCUACCCCCCAGUGCCAUGCUGAACAACCUCUCGUUUCUUUUUCUGGCUCUGUUCGCCACCGCCAGCGUUUUUAGGUGGUCCCGCUGCUGGAACGACGAGGACCUUCUGCUUCCCCCCAUCAACUCAUCCAAUAAAUUCCUUGCAAACUUAGACGUGGACGUACGGUACUCCAAGAGAUCCGCAGAAUCCGCACUCCAGCCUUUGUGCAACAUCAGCGUGCAAAGGUUAAUGCCCACCUCACUGGUGGCCCGCUGGGACAGACAGUUCGGCUUCCAGUGCGAUGUCCUCAUCUACACCACCACCAACCGCGGGCGAGCCUUUUUCUCGGCCGCUUUUAAUCGAGUCGUCUCACCUGUUGUCAUCGAGCACCUUGGUGUCUCGGCGGGGCAGCAGGAGUUCAGGUUGUGUGUCGGGUGCGGCCUCUCUCGGAGCAGGAGGUUCGGCCAGGCCAGGUCACACCCAACGCAAACUGGGGAGCCCUUGGGUUUCUGCUGUCUAGAUUUCAGCUUGGACGAGCUGAAAGGUGAUAACAGCUGGAGACUAAACCGCAAGCCAAUCGAGUCCACUUUAGUGGCCUGUUUCAUGACUUUGGUGAUCAUUGUGUGGAGCGUUGCAGCCCUCAUAUGGCCAGUGCCUAUCAUCGCAGGCUUUCUCCCGAAUGGCAUGGAGCAAAGGAGACCAAGAUAAAACGAAAACUGUAGAUUUGGAUUUUUUUUAAACUGUUUACAUUUUAGCUUCAUUUUAAGGGAUUGUAUUAUUUUAUUUCUUUGAUGGACGCAAUCGAUCGUAUGGAAAACCAUUUGAUAACGUUUGGUUAGUUGAUGGGAUAGGCUGCACGCAGGUAACGAUAUUAAGGCAGUUUUGUUUUACAAAAAAAAAAUAGUUUGGGUAUUGGUGUUUUAACGUUCUUUUUUAAAUAAAAAUAUUUUUAUGAAUAUUGUUAGUAAUGCAGCAUACUGUAGUGUAUUUCAAUUGCUUCUAACACGUGGUAUCUAGUAUAUGUACACAAGCAUAACUACCAUUUUUAUUUUUUGUUUAUUAAUUGCUGCAAAUAUUUAAACGAUCAAUGCUAUUUCUAGGAGAGUAAACUGUAAUGUUGAAAAUACUACAUUGGUAUUAUACUUCACUUUGUAAUUCAUUAUUUUAAUACUUUUUAAAUGUUUGGAGUGUGUUUUUGUUAUAUAUUUGUUAUUGCAAGACAUUUUAGAUGUUUAGGAGAAAAAUGCAGGCCUACAACCUGAAUAAAUUUGACAAGCAGUUUUGUUAACACUGGACUAUUUAUAGUCCUUAUAACCUGAAGACAGCUCUGCUUUUUUACCAAACGUUUGAUAAUCAGACACAAAGCAGGUUUUCGGUGGAUUUAAUUAAAAUGUACAGAGAAACAGUGAUAUUUCUGCAGAGAUAUUCAAUCAAAAAUGUCCUGAAUGGACAGAAUCAGAUUGCUGAAAAAAAUGAAUAACACAUGAAGCGCACUGUGCUUGAAUAGACAGCCCCUCACUGUUGAUUCCUUUGUUCUGCACAUGCCCUCUCUGAUAUGUAUUUGGUCAUAUACAGUGUAAAAGCUACAUCUUCCUGCAGCAAGUUUGUUUUAGUCGAAUUACUGAUGUAUCAAAAGGAACAAUUGAAAAACUGUAGAAUUGUAGUCAGGCAGUUUCAGUUGUGCCUUGGCUUGCCCAUGGUGGCCCUACACUGGAACAACACUCAAACAAGUGUUAGUACAGGUUGUUCUCAUCUGGCCCCUCCAUGUCAAUCAUAUUUAGCUCCCUUGGAAAGGAAAAACCUUAGGUUAAUGCUGUACUUUGAGUCCAUCCAUAUAUUGCUAUGCAUCUCGUGAUCCUUCUCCGUUUACUGUAGAUAGAGCUGUACCUACAAGUGACAUUGCAUAGUUUUAUUUAACUCCAUCCAAGGGUUUGCUCAGUUUGCAGUUAGACUGUAGUUCUCCUUAGGCAUCAAAAGUAGACAGAAGAACAUAUAGAAAGAAAACCAUAUAAAGCCAGAAAUACAGCAAGGUUAUAUAAUGGUUAUCACAAAUUGUUCUCCCUGUUGCACUCCUGCUAAAUUAAACAUCUGACUUUGAUCUAAAUAAUGCUGAGUGAUUUUAUUUCUAAUCUAUAUUUAUUUACAACAAAUCACCCAGUAAUCAUUGUGCAAAAUGCAUGUCCUUGCAGAUCACUAGCUUCUUGUCUAUUUUACUUCUUGUGGGCUUGUACCUCUAAAGAGGAUUGUUUGGAUUAUAACCCAUCUUAAUCCUGAUCUUGUUUCUGCAUCUGAACAUAAAUCAGUAAGUGAUGAAGAAAAAAACAAUAACAAACACAACAGUGUUAUUCAUUUUGCAACUGAUCAUAAAACACAAAUGCAUUAAAAACUUGCAGCUUAGUUACUUUCCCAGGUUGAUUUGUAAUAUGUUAUUUUAUGUGAUCACCAGUUUCUGUUGCAGUUCAUCUAAAGAAUGACGGUAUUAUGAUGGAGUACCGGUUGUGCUAAAUACUUUCAAGCUCUGGAUAAUACUACACUUUGGGAUAUUUAAAAAUGGACCCACACAAGAAUGCCUUGCAGAUUUCAAAUCGUAUUUGGGUCCAAUAAAACAUGCUUAAAGUUUGUACCACUUUUCCAACAUUUGUGUGUGUAUGUGUUUUUUACAUCUGUUUUUUACAUUUAUCUUGUGACCUCGU